CCGUAACUUGGCAGCAAACCGAGCCCUCGACUGUUUAUAAUUCAGUAGCAAUGGCACAUGUCGAUGGAAAACCAUCGAAACCCCCUUGGAAGCGAUAAAUAUUCAUCUGAAACACCAGAGAUCUACUGGUCUGCUACUCUGUUCGUCAUGAGUAAUUCAAAGGGCGGGUUGUAUUUUGUCGGAGUUUUGCUGGGGCUUGGCAGUUUGUCGGGGAUUGAUUUUGCCAGUGGAGUGGCCUGGAAACCCCGAGAGGACAAGGCCAAGUGUCCGAAAGUCAAGGGAUUAUCCCAUUUUGCUAUUUCAGAAUUUGUGGGACCGUGGAAGGUGAUUCAAUAUUACGCCAGCUCGGAGGAAGCCCUCGCAUACAAAUGCAUGAGGGCGGAAUUAUUUCUCUCCGAAGACGAUGCGGAAAUAACAAUGAACUUCACGUACAGCUUCGUCGACGAUCCCAUUAAUGAGAAAGUCUUUGGAAAUAUAACGUGGAAAAUUCCGCAGUUUCAAGAAUCACCAGCCCACUGGGUGCACGCAGAGUUCCCCUACGAAGGGAUCUACAACACAUAUGUUUUGGCAACGGAUUACACCUCUUGGGCAUUAUUAAUGCAUUGUGCGGAGAAGAAUAAGAGUCCGAGGUAUCUCUCGAGUUUCAUUAUGAGCCGCAAGAGACGUCUUGGGGCUAAUGUUAUCUCUUAUCUGCGAGAGAAACUCCCGAGGUAUGAUAUCGAUCUCGAGUACAUGUUCCCAAUGGAGCAGAAGGACUGCAAUCACACAUCAGAGCGGACUAAUUCGUUUGGAAGUCUUCCAAUGGUGGAGGCAGCGAGAAAUCGAUACGAGGCCAACGAAAAUCCAAAUUGAAAUGUGAAAACUAUCCAAAAUUCCCUAAUUAAUAAAUCAUGGACAUCAGACGGUUAAUCUGUCAUA